AUGACACAAUCGACUACCGAUAAAGAUCAACUCGUGCUCGGCUACUGGGCAGCUCGUGGUCGGGCUGAAUCAUCACGAUUACUACUUCAUUAUACGAAGACACCUUUUAUCGAUAAAAUGUAUCAGAUGGGUGAUGUUCCAGAUUACAAUCGUGACGACUGGCUCAACGAAAAGUAUAAACUUGGUCUAGAUUUUCCAAAUUUACCCUAUUUAAUCGAUGGUGACUUGAAACUCACACAAUCGACUGCUAUCUUAUACUAUCUUGGUCGUAAAUAUAAUCUCAUGGGUAAUAAUCCAAAACAAGAAGCUCUAAUUAUCAUGUUGUGUGAACAAGCUUAUGAUCUUCGUUUAAAAUUUAUCACGCUUUGCUAUGGUCCAAAUGGAAAUUCACCGAAUGAACAGAAGAAUUUUAUUGAAACGACUUUGACAGAAAAUCUACAACAAUUUGAUCGUUAUUUCAGCAAGAAUAAGAGUCAAUUUGCUGUUGAUGACCGACCAACUGUGGCUGAUUUUCAAUUAUUUUAUUGUAUCGAUUGUUCAUGUUCAUUCAAGGGUAGCCAUGUAUUACUGGAGAAAUAUAUCAAUGUCAAAGCAUUUCUUCAACGAAUUCGUGAACUACCUCAAUUGAAAGAUUAUAUUAUUCAAUCACAAGCUCAAGUGCCAAUGCUUCUCAAGAAUGCUAAGUUCGGAGGUCAAGUAUCCGAACAAAAAUGA